CGACUUGAAAUAAUAUUGAAAAUCUGGAAAACCUUUUGUUCCCUUUCGGUAGGAAAAGGGGACACGCGUCACUAACCCAACAUCUCAAUUGACACACUCCAAUUCCACUCUCUCUUCCUUUCUCUUUUCUUCUCCUCGCUUCAUUUACUUCACUCUCUCUCUCUCUCCAUCCAAAAGCCACCUUCUUUUAUCACAACUUUGCCUUCCUCACUUUCUUCACAAAUAGAACAAACCCAGAAAAAAAAUAAUAGAAAAAGCCUAGAAAAAUAAAAAUGGCGGAUAUAAACCCAUCGGACGGUCAGCUAAACGGCGUCGUCGGACCCCUCGUGGUGGCUUCAUCUGAGACCGUUGGAUCGAAACGCCAGAGACGUCCCAGCGUUCGAUUAGGCGACAUCGGCGGCGACCAACCCUACGAUUCUCAUAUUCGAAGACCCUCGUCCUCUUCCGCCGCCGCCGCGGCCGGCGUCAAGCAAUGGAAACACCAACCCCAUCAUUCCUUAAAUCCCUCUGUCGCCGCUGCAAGUACUAAAUCGUCCAAAACUCGCGCUCUAACCAAUCUCAGCACUGACUUCAACACCAACAACGAAACCUUCGAUGACGAAAGGGAUGCUAACAACAAUAACAGCAAUUUAGAUAGCGUCGCUAUUGGUAGCUGGAGAGUCAAAGAUUUCAAGAAACGGGGCUCCGCAACGAAAAGGGUCCGAUCCAAUUGGGUUUCCAAAAUCGACGAUUCCGGCGGCGGAGGGGGCGGAAACAUCAGCAUCAACGGCAGCAAAAACAACGCUAACAACAAUAAUGUGGAAACAGAGGACAAAUACAGUGCCGGAGAAGAUAACGAUGAUUUCGACAUGGAGAACUCCGAAAGCCCCAUGAAAGAGCGGAGUCCGAUUCAUUCGUUGGAUAAUCUGGGUGUCGAUGGCAGUGAAAGGGAAGUUCUUUAUCAUGGGAGUAGUCAAAGGAGACCAAUUCGGACUAGGGUUUCGGACGGGGUGGAGUUAUCUGGGCCGUCUGAUACCGACAUUCGGCAGUGUGGGGAAGAUGGGGUUAGGAUAUGGUUGAACAGUUUGGGGUUAGGAAGGUAUGCCCCGGUUUUCGAGAUCCAUGAAGUGGAUGAUGAGGUUUUGCCUUUGUUAACAUUGGAAGAUUUGAAGGAUAUGGGAAUAAAUGCAGUUGGUUCUAGAAGGAAAAUGUUUUGUGCGAUCCAGAAGCUUGGGAAAGGCUUUUCCUGAGGUUUUUCAUGAUGGUUAUAGGGUUUUUGAAAGGAGAAACUUAUCAGCCAUGGCAAUGAAAUUGUCCAUAAAUCUCCAUCUUGGUGAGGCAGUGUUAAAACUGGUUCCUGCAUAGUGGCUUGGCAAAGUAGUAUAGCUCCAAUUGUACGCAAGUGCCAAUGGGAGCCAAUGAAUGGAGUAGGCUGAGGCUAGCCAAAACAUGAAAGGAGACGCCGUGCAUCAAUGUUUCUCGAGUCCAGUAACAAAAUUCUUGCCUCAAAGGAAUUUCCUUCUUCAUGUGCUUGUGCAUGUAAUAAAAUUUGCUGUAAAUUUGUUAGUGAGCCGAUCAUAAUCAUCUAAAUUAUUCUUUUGGCAGAUGAUGAUUUUUCUUAGUUUAUUUAAUGAUUCGAUUACACUCUCAACUCGA